GGUUUCCAUUUGCCUACUUCCACAAAUCGCCGCCGAAAGAUAUUCCUUUCUUUACAUCAUCUAUUAGCCAAUCAUGUCAACUUCACAGUCUUCAACUCUGAAAAUUGGCAUUGUUGGAUUCGGUUCCUUUGGCCAAUUUCUUGCUAAGACUAUGAUCAAACAAGGUCACAAUCUAACAGCAACUUCUCGAACUGAUUACUCUAACUCAUGCCUCCAAUUAGGCAUCCAAUUUUUCAGGGAUGUUAGAAUGUUCAUUGAGGCCAACAACGAUGUCAUACUCAUAUGCACAUCUAUUCUGUCUUUUUCGGAGGUUCUUAGGUCUAUGCCGCUAGCUUGUCUUAAGCGACAAACAACACUAUUUGUUGAUGUUCUUUCAGUCAAAGAGCACCCAAGAGACCUAUUAUUACAGGUACUGCCAGAGGAGUCAGAUAUACUCUGCACUCACCCAAUGUUUGGACCAGAUAGUGGAAAAAAUGGGUGGAAAGAUCUCACUUUCAUGUAUGAUAAAGUUAGAAUACGUGAUGAAGCUACCUGCUCUAGUUUCCUCCAUAUUUUUGCUGAGGAGGGUUGUAAGAUGCUACAAAUGUCAUGCGAGGAACAUGAUAAAAUAGCUGCAAAGAGUCAAUUUAUCACACACACAAUAGGCAGGACAUUGGCAGAAAUGAAUAUUGAGUCAACAACUAUUGAUACAAAGGGCUUUCAGACACUUACUCAACUGAAGGAAACCACCAUGAGAGAUAGUUUUGAUCUGUAUAGUGGACUAUUUAUACAUAACAGAUUCGCUACGCAAGAGCUGGAAAACCUCCAACAUGCCUUGCACAAAGUUAAGGAGAUGCUGGUUCAAAGGAUGAGUGAGGAGCUGGGUCCAGAAGAAGACUGAAUAUUGAUGUAUAAUCUUGUUUACAAUGUUCAUUCAUAAAAUAUGUUUUAUCAUUUUCCUUUCUCAGCCAAUGAGCAAAAUAUCUACAAUAUUUUCAAAAUCAGCAAUUGCUGAUCGUAAUGGAUUGUUAGAGAGGUAGGUGUGUAUGUGUCAGCUAUGGUGUGGCCUGCACAUAGUAUUUAUCUCCAACAUCAUUCUGUCCAGAAUUUAGAACUUGACUUGAUGGAAUAAUACAACUUAUUUUGGUAACUGAAUAAUACAACUUUUUCCUAGGCAA